AUGGAGGGGACCCCUCCCAGCCAGGUCAUGCCCGAGCCCGAUGAGGGUAUCACCUCCGAUCGCCGUCCGUCAACCGACGACCAAGCCGACCUUUCCGACACGGCUUCCGAGGCCGGCUCAGGCGGGGGCAAGGACUCUGGUUGCGAAGUCGCUCCCGAUCCCCAGGAACCGCCUUAUACUCCACCGGACGAGGAACUGGCCAACCGUAUCGUUUCUCAAGUGGAGUUCUACUUCUCGGACGCCAACAUCACUAAGGAUGCCUUCCUCCUUAAGCAUGUGCGUCGCAACAAGGAAGGUUACGUCUCUCUGAAGCUCAUCUCUAGUUUCAAACGCGUCAAGCAUCUAACUAAGGAUUGGCGAGUGGUGGCUGAGGCAUUAAAGAGAUCAACUAAGUUAGAAAUCAAUGAACCUGGAACGAAGCUUCGGCGGAUUGACCCGCUUCCGCCCUACGACGAAACUACGCCAUCCAGGACUGUAGUGGCUGUACGGAUGCCGAUAGACCGGCCAUCUGUUGAGAAUGUAUCGAGGUUGUUUGCAAGUUGCGGUGAAAUUGCACUCGUCAGGGUGCUACGGCCCGGUAAUCCAGUUCCAGCUGACGUUCGUCAAUUCCUAAAUAAGAAUCCUAGUUUGGUGAACUGUGUGUGUGCAUUGGUAGAGUUUACAGAAUCUGAAGCGGCGAGAAGUGCCCUACGUCUUCAGAGUUCCGACGAGGAGGGUAUGCGAGUGUAUGAAUUGAACGGUGUCCCUCGGGAGCCGAAAAGGAAAACCCCCGUCCGUCGUCCGACACCACGACGUCAUGAAUGUGAAUACUCCUCAUGUUGUAGCGGUUCGGAAGCAGAGUACGACUACAGAUAUGGUACACCGUUUUAUAGAAGAAGUUCAAGCGGUUUCUUCGCGCCGCGCUCGCCUGAAAUUCAAACAUGGGUGCCGCGAAGACCUUCGACAUGUAGUCAUAGUUCAGAUUCUGGUGUUUCCUUCUUUUGUGGGUCAAGGCGAGCAUCGCAAGCGAGUACUGGAAGCACUAGUAGUGCUGAGGGCUGGUUGGCACGGAGGCUAUCUGGCUGUUCGCUGACAGGCGUGGAAUACGGCGGGCGGCGCCUUUCUUGCACUCCCCGCUUUGAGCCCCGCACGCCCGUCGGCCCGGACGGCACGCGAGGCUUCCACGCCGCUGCCCGUCAACGUAGAAUCUCGGACCUCGCGUUGUACUCGCGCUAGAAAGCGCUCGCCAACCGUGACACCUUUCUAAUCACGUUGGAUAACCACCUUUCACGUUCUGCCCACUUGGUUUUUAUUCUACGAGGAAGCGUUUCGUGUUCGCGUGUUAAGUUCUAAGUUUAUUAUAAAAGAAUGCUUGUAGAGAGUUGGUACGACGGAAUGCAUAACUGGUAAUAGAGUUACCUAGUUCUAAGUCGACUGUUGAUUCGUCGAUGAUUGUGAUCGAAGCUCAUUUAGAUAGAAUAGUUGUUAAUUGUAAAAGUUUUUACUUGUAAUUUAUUAGUAUUUAGUAAUUAUUUAUUGUACCGCGUAUUUAUUGCGGGUAGGGCGCGCGCUGUGGGUGAGUUUUCGUCCGAGUAUGUCAGAGUUGUGAGCACAAAACUCAGUAAACAAAAUCGACAUCGUAAAGAUUGUAGACUCGACGUCUGGAACGUAAAGAUGUAGGUGAUCGGGGACGGCAGAGCGUGGAGCGAGUUGCGCAAAUGGAAUUGCGAAUUGUACAGAUGCCCAUUCCAUAUUUACAUAACAUCUCAGAUAAACGGAUCUCUAUGCAACUUGCGCGCCCCGCCGUCGGUUCGUGCUAACGGAAUGCCACAAUGCGCGACGGAACCAACCGUCCUUUUAAACUUUUAUGAGUAUAAACUAAUUGAUAAGAUAAUUUAAGUCAGUAGCGCCAUGUCAUGAUAUGUUUUACUUUAGGUUUUUUAAUAAUAGAUCGUAAGUUGUUGUGAUUUUUAUUGUAUAAUUGAGUAAAAGUGAGAGGUAUGCCAUCUACGUAGAACGAUGAUAUCUUAAUGGCUAACAUUUUAAUAAUUCUUGACAUUAAUGAUUCAUUUAUUCUAAUUAUCUCUUACCGCUUGGUUCUUACUUGUAUAAGUAAGUUGUCUGAAAGCUUGUGACUACGCACGUGGAAUCGCUUGGCCAUGAUGAGAGAUCUUCUAGAUGUUAUAUCUCACAGCGACCGCUUGUUACUUUUAUAUUUAUUUCUUUUAUUUAAGAGGAGUCUUGUUUUCCUUAUAUCAGCACAAUACUGUUUCCAGGUGCUUAAACUUGUUUGCGAUCCUCCUCGCCUUGUAAUUUUAAUGUUCUUUUUUAAAUAUAAGUUUUUGAAUGAA